AUGGCCUCCCUUUUGGUGCGAGGUCGACGGGAGCGUGUGGCUCUCCUGGUUGACCGGGCCAGCCAGCGUCAGCACUCACAGCGGCAUCAUCUGGCCUGUUGGACUGGGCUCCUUAUACUGUUUCUGCUUCCUUCAGGGAACGCGAACAUUGGCGAGGUUCACACCGACUCCGCCUCCGCUUGUUUGAACCGCGAGCCCCUGGUGCAGAUUGAAACAUUUGCCGGUCCAGACCACACUUGUCAUGCGCAGGCGCUGCACACGUCCACGUGGAACGCGGCUGCGCCUGCGUGCGUGUUUGAUAAUGAGACGGCCACCUUCUUUCGCGUACAUCUGGACGAGCGCUUUUGUACGGCACGAACGCUCGUGACACGCAUCGAUUACGCGGACGAGGCAUGCACGCAGCUGCUGGCUGCCUUGCGGGUACCCGUCAAUGUGUGCACGGGCUGGGUGCCUGCAACGCACGGCGUGCGCAUUACCUGUGCCUGCCAGGCACCCAGCUCUGCAGUUCCGGCUGCAACUCUGGCCUGGGCUCUGAUCCCAACCUUUGCCCUCGCCACCGCCGUCGUGGUAUAUCUGUAG